UCAGCAUAGUUCGAAUUUUCAGUGAUAAGCAAAAACAUUGCAGUGAGAUUUCCACAUUUUUCCUGAUAUUUUAGUAUUUAUCUAGUUCAGAUCAUGGGAAAUAAGGCAGUUAAGCAACAUUUUGAGACAGCUCAGAAGACUGGAGUUCUCAAGAUCUCCCAGAUGAGAUUACAGGAAUUCCCCUCCCCGCUGAAGACAUUCCCAAACGUGCUGAAGACGCUCGACAUCUCCGAGAAUCGUUUCACCUCCUUACCACCUGAUCUGGGGAAGUUCACCCUCGUGAAGAGCCUCAAUGUCAGUGGGAAUCGAAUAGAAGCCCUUCCGGAAGUUCUGGGGCUCCUCAUCAAGCUGGAGACACUCAAUGCAUGCAACAAUCUCUUACGUCACAUCUCCCCAGCCCUGGGGAAACUCAAGAACCUCAAACAGGUUAAUUUGAGCAACAACCAGCUGUCAGAAUUCCCCACGAUGUUCUGUGGCCUGGAAAAUCUCGACAUGUUGGACGUUUCACGGAAUAAGAUCACCUGUGUGCCACCGGAAGUUAGGGAUUUUCAUGGGAUUGAGUUGAAUUUGAAUCAGAACCAGGUGGCAACGUUGUCGGAUGAGCUGGCGAGCUGCAAACGCCUCAAGACGCUGCGCCUGGAGGAGAAUUGCCUGCAAAUAACCGCAAUCACACCGCGAAUCCUCAAAGAAUCCGUCAUCUGUAACCUCGCCCUCGAUGGGAAUCUCUUCAGCUCCAAGCAGUUUACCGACCUCGAUGGCUACGACACCUACAUGGAGAGGUACACAGCGGUGAAGAAGAAAAUGUUUUAGAGCAGGAAAAUUCAUCUAAAACACCUUUUUUAAUUAAUUAUAUAUAUACUCCACGACUCAGCGAAAUGUCUAUUUUUUUAUUCAAUCCACCAGCAUUGUCCCUCUAAAAGAUGUUAAAAAUUUAUUUAUUAUCUAUUUGCAAUUAAAUGGCAUUCACAGAUCAAA